AUGAAUUGUACAUGUGACUUUAUAUUGCCUACGCAAAAUGGUUGGAAUAAGCAUUAUGACAACUGUAAAACGCUUUGGAAACAUGAUAAAUAUGAAUAUCCUAAAAAUAAGGAUGGGUCGAUGCAACUACCAAAUAAGCACUUAUCUAAGCUUGACUGUGACAUCUUAUACCAUCUCGGAUUUGAUACGGUGAAACAUGAUCUACCAGCAAUGUUUGGUGACAUAAAGUUUGUAUGUAUGGGUGGAACUAAAUACAGAAUGAAGGACGUAGCAGCACACAUAAGUCAGCUAUUGAAUAUUCCAUGUGACUUCAACAACAUGGUCAAACAAGCGAAAAGAUACGUUAUGUAUAAAGUUGGGCCAGUUCUGUGCGUUAAUCAUGGAAUCGGUAUCCCGUCAAUGACAGUUGUGUUGGAAGAAGUAUUGAAAAUGCUGUUUUACGCGAAGGCAAAGGACCCUAUUUUCUUCAGAUUGGGUACCAGUGGUGGAAUGGGCAUUCCAGCAGGGUCUGUUGUUAUAUCAUCAUGGGCUAUGAAUGGGACCUUGGAGAAGAUAUAUGACUUGCCAAUAUUGGGGAAGACCAAAACAUUCCCCGCGAUUUUCGAUCAGCGGUUAAACCAAGAACUAUAUUCUAUUGCGUGUCAUGAAGAUUAUAACACGUACGUAGGAGGAACGAUGACUGCAAACGACUUUUAUAGAGGUGAGGGCAGAACUGACGGCGCAUUCUGUGACUACACAGAGUCGGAUAAAAUGGAUUUCCUACAGACUCUUGUAGGCUUGGGUGUAAAGAAUCUUGAAAUGGAAGCCACAGCUUUUGCUGCUAUUACAAAAGAAGCUGGACUACGGGCAGCAGAACUAUGCAUAACAUUCCUUGAUCGUUUGCUCGGAGACCAGGUUACACCUGAUGCUCAGACACUUAGCCAGUGGCAAAAACGACCUGCUAUAAUUGUUAGUAAAUACAUCGAGGCCUACUAUAACACCAAAAAGUAA